CAUCCGUCUAACAUCACUUCCUUCAGAGUUUGGGGGAGAAAAAAAUCUAGGAAAGCGAAGGAUUGGGCUGAUCCGCGCUUGAAGAGCAAGCGGACCUUCUGCUGAAUCUCCACCCCUGUGCGGGUUCAGCUGGGUGGCCCUGCGCGCCAACCACCAUCGAAAUGUGGCCUCGUCUCGGGGCCACCUGUUUGCUGGGCUUCAGUUUCCUGCUCCUCGUCACCGCUGAUGGAUACAUUGGGCUUGGAAAGGGUUUUGGAGACCAUAUUCAUUGGAGAACACUAGAAGAUGGGAAAAAAGAAGCAGCUGCCAGUGGAUUGCCUCUGAUGGUGAUUAUCCAUAAGUCUUGGUGUGGCGCUUGCAAAGCUUUAAAACCCAAAUUUGCAGAAUCUAAAGAAAUUUCAGAGCUUUCCCAUAAUUUUGUUAUGGUAAAUCUUGAGGAUGAAGAAGAACCCAAGGAUGAAGAUUUUAGUCCUGAUGGUGGUUAUAUUCCACGAAUCCUUUUCUUGGAUCCCAGUGGCAAGGUGCAUCCUGAAAUCAUCAAUGAGAAUGGAAACCCUAGCUAUAAGUAUUUCUACGUCAGUGCUGAGCAAGUGGUUCAGGGAAUGAAAGAAGCUCAAGAAAGGCUAACAGGUGAUGCCUUCAGAGAGAAACAUUUUGAAGAUGAGUUGUAACACCAAUGUACCCCUUCUUUCAUCAAAGUCAAUGUUCUAGAAGAAAAGCAGCAAGGGAAGGAAUAUUGAGGAAUCACCCAGAACAAUUAAACCAACCAGGAAACCUUGCUUCUACCUAGCUGGAAGAAGCCUUCUCACUGUGGAAGAGGUCUGCUCGCAAAAGCUGGUCAGCAUAUGUGUGGACCUAGCAGUGUGGCAGACUUCCUUCUCCUGCUACCUAUCACUUAAGUGUCCAUUUGUCUUUGAAUGUAAAGAAUGAAACUUUUGACACAAAACUUGAGCCACUUGGAGAUUUACUCCUCAUAUUACAGUAUUUGAGUCUUUUCCCACUUUCCUCCUGCUUAACUCACGUUACUGGUAAAAGACCAGUGGCAUCUUUUCUACAACAUUACCAUUGCAGGACUAGCUUAAAAAUUUUUUUAAAUAACAGCAAGUCCUGAGCAAAUAAUAAUUUUAUCACUUCUCAAGGAGAAAGCCUGUUUUUUUUCUCCUAGAAAUAAUCUGGGAGUUUUUCCUGAAUCCCCAUGAGCUCCUUCUCUGUGCUCGGCUUGCCCUGUUUGCACGCAUGCGUGUGCAGGAAUGGCUGUGUGCUUGGACUGUCCCCCGCUGGAAGCAUGCUUUCCCUCUUGACUAUUGGAGAAACUGUAACCUUCAAACCCUACAUGGAGCCAUUUUUGUCAAGUCAUCAACUGUAUUUUUGUACUGGGGUUAAUAAAAAAUAUAUAUUAAUUGUUCCAUUAAACUUUAGUAAAACUUUAAAA